CUCCCCUCCCGUCGCCGUCGCCCAGAACGCGUUUCGCUUAACGCGCCUCGCGCGCCCCGUAGCUCGCUUAGCACGAGAGCAGCAGCAGCAGGGCACGGGAGUCCUCUACUUACGAUCAAGGAGAUAAGUUCCGACGACCGCCACCGUAAGUCAAAGGUAUCAGUAAGUCGAAGAUGUCCUCGCCUAUCCAGGAGCCCUUAAAGGACGGCGAUAAUUGAGCAAAAAAAAAACCAGACCAAUUCACAGUACCGUACUGUACGGACGACAGACCGCACGUAUUUGUCAAUUACGAUGCUGUGUUGCACGGUCAAAUGUCAAGCUUUAAAAAAAAAUCCAAGGUAAAUUCUCAGCCCUCCCGUAUGAUCUGCGGGCAACCGGACUCCGUCGACCGCUGGUGAGGGUGAGGCGUCGCGCAGGGCGGCAGCCACUUCGUCGCGUAUCGCUAGCGAUCGCAGAGAUCGAAAUGCCUCAAGCCCUGCGCAUCGUAAAUCGGGGCCCCGCCGUAUUUUAACGUCUUUUUUGUUUUGUUUUGGGCGCGUUUCAUCCGCACGCGAUGUCUCCCAAGAAGGUCGGCGGUAGUGAGAAGCCGAAAAGGAAAGUUGUGAGAACCACGAUAGAAUUGAGAAAAGAGAUCAUUGCAAAGGCAGAGAGGGGUGUUCGCGUCACCGAGAUAUCCGAACAGUACGGCAUGCCGAAAUCGACCAUCUGCACCAUGCUCAAAAAUAAGGAAGCCAUCAAGGGGGCCAACGUAGCCAAGGGAGUGUCCUCCCUGUCGAAGCAAAGGACGAAAGCAAUCGAGGAGGUUGAGAAAUCGCUGCUGCUUUGGAUCAACGAAACGCAGCUGGCGGGCGAUGGCAUUUCGGAGGCUGUGAUAUGCGAGAAGGCCAAGAGGUUGCAUUCGGACAUCGUCCAAAAGGCCCCAGGAACGGGCGACGACCCAGGUCCCGGUGAAAUGUUCAAGGCUAGCCGAGGCUGGUUUGAUAAAUUUAAAAAGAGAAGCGGCAUUGAGAGUGCCGUAAGGCACGCGGAGGGUGCCGGUGCCGAUACGGAAGGCUCCAAGAAAUUUGUUGGGGAAUUUAAAGAGUUGGUGGAGGCCGAGGGCUUAAUCCCUCCUCCUGGCCACCUUCCACUCAAGCCACCAGCUCUCCUUGCCACAGGAACCAGCGCGGUCGUCAAGGGAGCGCUUUGCGACGUGAACGCCGUGCGAGCGCUGCCCGGCUCCCCUCCUCCGCCACCACCGCACCUCCGUCCUACCAACCCGCGUCGCCCACGAGCGGGCGAUGCGGAUCUCCCGCUGUCGCCACCGUCGUUACCUUUUGAAGAACCACACGGAGCGCAAAGAGGAUCGUCCGGAACGAUGCACGCCGCCGACGCCGCCGCCGCCGCCGCCGGCAAGAAACGCCGGCGGAGGAGCAUCAACCUCGGGGUGAAGCUGGAGGUCGUGAAGCGGUUCGAGGCCGGGCAGAAGGUGGCCGCGAUCGCCCAGGCGCUCGGCCUGCCCGCCAGCUCGGCGCGCUCCAUCUGCGUGAACGCGGGCAAGAUCCUGGAGUCGGCGCAGAACGCGGCGCCGCUCACCGCCACCAAGAUCUUCCGGAGCCGCUCGGCCGUCCUCGAGAACAUGGAGAGGCUCCUCGGGGUUUGGAUCGAGGACCAGAGCCAGCGGGGCGCGGCGCUGAGCGCGCCCGCCGUCCAGGAGAAGGCGCGGAGCCUCUUCGAGGACCUCCGGCAGAUGAGCGGCGGCGGCGGCGGCGGCGGCGGCGGCGCCGGCGAGACGUUCGGCGCGAGCCGCGGGUGGUUCGAGCGCUUCAAGAAGCGCAGCGGCCUGGGGAGCCUCGGCCCGCCGGGCGAGGCCGCGGGCGGCGGCGGCGACGCCGCUUCGGCGGCGUCGCCGUCGGCCGCGUCGCCCGCCGCCGGCACGGCGGCGGGCUACCCCGACGUCCUGAGGGGCGUCAUCGAGGAGGGGGGCUACGUGCCGGGCCAGGUGUUCAACGUGGACGAGACGGAGCUGUACUGGAAGCGGAUGCCGGCGAGGACUUCGAUCGCGGCCGAGGAGAAGACCGCCCCGGGCUUCAAGGCGGCCAAGGACCGCCUGGCCCUCCUGCUCGCCGCCAACGCCUCGGGCGACCUCAAGCUCAAGCCGCUGCUCGUGUACCGCUCGGAGACGCCGAGGGCCAUCAAGGGGUGCUCCAAGGAGCACCUCCCCGUCGUGUGGCGCUCCAACAGGAGGGCCUGGGUGACCGCGACGGUCUUCCGGGAGUGGUUCGCGACGCACUUCUGCCCGGCCGUCGCGGACUACUGCGGCCGCAGGGGCCUGCCGAACAGGGCCCUGCUCGUCCUGGACAGCGCCCCGGCCCACCCGGUCAACCUGGAGGAGCUGUCGGAGAACGUCCGCGUCGCCUUCCUGCCGCCCAGCACCACGGCCCUGCUGCAGCCCAUGGACCAGGGCGUCGUCGCCGCCUUCAAGGCCUACUACCUGCGGCGCACCUUCGCCCGCCUCGCGGGGGACACCGCCGGCGGGCGGCGCUCGGCGCGGGACUUCUGGCGCGGCUACAACAUCAGGGCGGCGGUCGACAACAUCGCCGAGGCGUGGCGGGAGGUGAGGCCGUCGGACGUGAACGCCGCGUGGCUCAAGAUCUGGCCCCGGUGCGUCGUCGCCCGCCCCGCGGGCCCGGGCCCGGCGGAGGCGUCGGCGGCGGCGUCGGCGUCGGCGUCGGCGGCGGAGGUCCUGCGGGACAUCGUGGGGCUGGCGAGGUCGGCCGGCCUCGACAACGUCGAGGAGCGGGACGUCGCCGAGCUGCUGGAAUCGCACGGCGGCGAGCUGUCCAACGACGACCUCGUGGAGCUGCUGCAGCAGCGCUCGGGGGAGGGUGGCGACGAGGGCGGGGGAGGCGCCGAGGGGCCGCCCAGGCGGACGCUGACCGCGGCGCGGCUGUCGGAGGCGUUCGUUCACCUGGAGGCGGCGAUGGACAUCUUCAGGGAGGACGACCCCAACAGGGAGCGCAGCUUCAAGGUGAACCGGACGCUCGCCGGCGCCGUUCACUGCUACAAGGAGCUGUACAAGCAGAAGAAGAAGUACGCGGCGAGGAGGGCUCUGGCCCGGCUCGUUAAAAGCCCUGCGAGCGGCAACGCGGGAGGUGCGGAGAGGCAGCCCCCUCCGCUUACUACUCCGCUUACUCCUCCGCCUCCGCCUCUCGUCAAACGAGAGCAGAGCCCAGGCCCUGGGACGAGUCCUCAGCUGGUGGUGAAACGCGAAGACGCCUCGGCCUCCGAAGCAACCGCUCCGGAUCUGAGGAUCAUCAAGGUGGAAGGAGCCAGCGAGGACCCAGAGGACACGGGGGAAGAGUCCCAACGUGGGUGCCUGGCCACUGCAGACCAGAACUUCAUCGAGGUGGAGUUGUCAUUCAGUGAAGACGAAGUGGCGGAGCGGCCGACGGGAGCCGCGGGCGGCGUCGGCGUCGCCAGGGCGAGGCCCGGCAGGGGGAGACGCGCCAGGCCCGCGCGGCGAGGAUGCGCCCAGUGCCGGAAGGCGCCGCCGGCAGGCGCGGGCGGCGCCGGCGACGAUCACGGCGGCGGCGGCGGCGACGACGACGAGGAGGACGACGACGAGGACGAGGAGGAGAGCGAUGACGGGCAACGUCGGAAGAAGAGGAGGAGGAGGAGGAGUAGGAGGAGGAGGAAGAUGACGCAGGCCGGAGAGGAGGGACGGUCGCUGUCGAAGGGAUCGGCGCGGGCCGAUUGCCCGGGAGUUUGAGAGUGAGCACGAGAGGAGUUUGUGUGAACUCCCCCUGGUCUACAGAGUGAGUGGAGUUUGUGUGAUCUCCCCCUGGUCUACAGAGUGAGAGGAGUUUGUGUGAUCUCUGCAUGCUCUAC